UUUAUCAAGUAAAAUUGAAAAUAACCUAUAUUUUAUUUAAUUUUAAUUUAGCAUAUAGGUUUCCACUACAUCAUUGUUUUUGCAAUUUUUCUAGUAUACUAUACCCGAAAUUAACAACAUCUUAAAAUAUGGUACCUCGGUAAUUUAUUUAUUAAUCAUUGUAUCCGAUAGUUUGCGAUUGUGAUCAAAUUUAAAAAAUUAAGGAAAUAUGUUAAGGGCGCUUUUUUCCAAGUCUCAGAGAUUUAAGAGAGGAUCUGGUAGUUAUUUGAAAUGGAGAACUAUUUUUAGUUUCACGAAAUUACAACAGCAAAAACAGUUUCCUGAAUCAAACGAUAUUUUAUGUACAUCUGAAAUAGAUGAUAAAGACCGUGAAUAUCAAGAGCUAUCUAGUAGAUUUUUUGGGGUAGAAAAGGCUUAUAAUUGUUAUAUAAUACAUCCAUAUAUAAAAUGGGGCCCAAAGAAACAAAUCUUAACCACACCAGAAGAUCAGCUUGAAGAGGCUGAAUCCUUAAUUCGAACAUUGGACCCUUGGACAGUAGAAGGCAAAGUAGUUGUCCCGCUAACAAGUUUAGAUAAAAAGACGAUAUUUGGUAGUGGAAACUUGGAGAAGUUAAGAAAUACAAUUAGAAGCAGCAAGGCUACAGCAGUCUUUAUGAACAUGAGUACAUUAAAGAUUAUGCAAAUUGAGGAAUUAGAAAGUCAAUUUGGUGUUCCAAUAUUUGAUAGAUACAAAAUAGUUAUAGAAAUACUUCGAUUGCAUGCAAUCAGCAAACAUGCAAAAUUACAAGUUGCACUAGCAGAAAUACCAUAUAUUACAAAUCGUCUGACACAGAAGGACAUUGCUUGUAGUAACCCAGAGAAAAGGAAACUUAUGUUACAUAGCAGAGAACAGAAACUAAAAGCAGCAAUCAAAAAGCUGAGAACUCAGCAUGAAAUGACUAGGAAUAGGAGGAAAAGCUUAGAAUUUCCUUCAGUGGCUGUUGUUGGAUAUACCAACUGUGGAAAAACUUCCUUAAUUAAAGCAUUAUCAAAUGAUAAGGAUUUACAACCAAGAAAUCAACUGUUUGCAACUCUUGACGUCACAAUGCAUGCUGGUUUAUUACCCUCAACUUUAGAAGUGCUGUAUGUUGACACAGUAGGAUUCAUUUCUGAUAUACCAACAACACUAAUUGAAUGUUUCAUUGCUACUUUGGAAGAUGCCUUAUUUGCUACUGUUAUUUUGCAUGUAGAGGACAUUUCCAGUAAAAAGAGGAAACAUCAAAGAAAUCAUGUGCUUCAAACAUUAGAAAAUUUACUCGGCAAAUCCUUGUGGAAAGACAAGCUCAAUAAAAUUAUUACAGUGGGUAAUAAAUGUGAUCUUGUUGAGGAAAUAGACAACGAAUCAGGUUUAAUUCCUGUCUCUGCAAAAACAGGACAAGGACUGGACAAACUUUUAAAAGUAUUAGAAGACGCAGUCUUAAAGGAGUCUAACAGAAGAUUAUUAACAAUUAAAAUACCUUUUGGAGGAGAGGAAAUAAGGUGGUUGUAUAAGAAUGCUACUGUAAAGACUGAAGAAGAAAAUCCUGACGAUAGUCAAUAUGAAAACGCAACUGUCAUAAUAUCUGAAGCUAAGUAUCAUCAAUUUCAAAAACAAUUUUGUAAUCAUCGGUAAGGUUUAUUAAAAUAUUUUUUAUCAUUUUUAAA